AAUUAAUCAUUCAUGAUGUUCACGGAAGGAUUGUUGGUCUCCUGCAGGAGCAGAGGAAGCCGUAAGGAGCUCGUCGGCACCAGCACAGAGCGGUGCAUCAUGGGGAAACAGAACAGCAAGCUACGGCCUGAGGUGCUGAACGACCUGCGAGAGAAUACCGAGUUCACUGACCACGAGCUGCAGGAGUGGUACCGUGGCUUCCUCAAGGACUGUCCCACUGGCCACCUGACCGUGGAGGAGUUCAAGAAGAUAUACGCCAACUUCUUCCCCUACGGCGACGCCUCAAAGUUUGCCGAGCACGUCUUCCGCACUUUUGACACCAACAGCGACGCCACCAUUGACUUCCGGGAGUUUAUCAUCGCCUUAAGCGUGACGUCCCGGGGCGGGCUGGAGCAGAAGCUGCGGUGGGCCUUCAGCAUGUACGACCUGGACGGCAACGGGUACAUCAGCCGGGCAGAAAUGCUGGAGAUAGUCCAGGCGAUUUACAAGAUGGUGUCAUCAGUGAUGAAGAUGCCCGAGGACGAGUCGACACCAGAGAAACGGACAGAUAAGAUCUUCAAACAGAUGGACAUUGACAAUGAUGGUAGAUUGUCUCUGGAGGAGUUCAUCAAAGGCGCCAAGAGCGACCCGUCCAUCGUCAGACUGCUGCAGUCGGAUCAGGGAACGUCUCGGCAAUACUGAAAACACACGCAGCAUCUGCUGUUCGUCCACAAUAUCUGUGAGCUUUGCAUCU